UAACGCUCCGCCAGUAAACAGCAAGUAGAAGAGUUCAGAGGAACCUUCCUGCAGCGGCUGCUGAGUCAGCCGGAGCGGUUUAAACGGGACACCGACAGGGCAACUUCGAAGCUGGAACAGCCGAAGCUGCGCGAGGACGAUGAGCACCAAACAGGUGACCUGCAGGUAUUUCCUCCAUGGUGUGUGCAGGGAGGGCAGCCGCUGCCUGUUCUCUCACGACCCGACCACCAGUAAACCCUCCACCAUCUGCAAGUUCUACCAGAGAGGAGUGUGUGCCUACGGAGAACGCUGCAGGUACGACCACAUCAAACCUUCAUCCAGAGGAGGGGGAGGAGCUUCAGAUGAGCAGGCAGGUGGAGGCGGGGCUUCAGUCCGAGCUGGAGGCAGGAAGACGCUGGUCCUCAGAGACAGAGGUCUGGGUGCUGACAGUAUGUUCGGGGGUGCAGCAGACAGUUUGGGGUCAGAGGUCACGGCAGCAGCUCCUCAGUCGUAUGUGGACGCCAUCAGGACGGGAUUGGACGCCUCAGCGCAGGAACAAGGUCAGACACAGAAAACGCUGUUUGUGAUUGGCUGGUGCUAUCGAUGAUGUAAUCAAUAAGGCUGAGUGUCCAUACAGCAUCCUGUUCCCAGUGAGGAGGGUUCAUGAAGCUGCAGACACUCUGACCGGCUGGAGGGCAACCAAUCAUAUAUUAGAUGGGGCGGGACUUGUCACCAUGGUAACCAAGAAAAUGGAAACUUUCUAACAAAGACAGAAGAGCCGUUAACGGGAGCAGAUCACGCUGUAUGGACACACGCCGUGACAUGUGAUCAGGUGUCUGAUCAGGUGACUGUUUGAAU